GAUGCAGCUAACUAAUUGGAGCUCACGCUACACGCUACAUGCGAAAUUAUCUAACAACAACUAUCUGAUAAGCACUAUCUCAAUACCUAGGUAUACAACCAAACAGUACCCAUUCGAGAUGUGCGGUUUUCACUGCCAGUCAACCACAGCUCGUCUCCGGAUGGCUUGCCGCUGGUCUUUGCCCAAGUAGUUGCUGGACUCUAUUCUUCUUUUUCUUCUUCUUUAAUUUCUUUCCCCUGUCUCUUUUCUUUCGCCGAUCUUUUAGAUUUUGCCGGCUUAGAAUUUUGUUCCCGAUUUUGCUAGUCGGUUUCUUUUCAAACUUCUUGUAGUCAAUUUUGUUUCCAUCAAACUACUCCCUCCCAUUUCUAUCUAUCUAUACUUCUCUUAUAUACUUUCUCUUAUAAGCAUGAAUAUUGUCAAAGGGUAGAAUGAUCUACUAAAAAAUGUUCGUGUCUACUCAUGCUCUAGCUGAUUGUACUCCGUGCAUGUUUAAUCAAGGUUGUAGUCGUUAUACGGCAAAUAAGGGGCCAAGGAAGUCAGCUCUGCCGUUAAGCCCCUGCUAUGUCUUCCUUUCCUUAAGCCCUCCUUCCUCCCGUCCGUCCCUCUUCUUUUCCGUUCACAGAGUUCUGCGCCCAACCAUGGUUGUCAACAAAGUCCUGCGCCCAAGUACCCAACCAUGGUUGUCAACUCGUCAUUUGGAUACUCACAGGCCCUGGAUACUCGAGAGUCAUGGCCUGCCCACCUAAAACUAUUUGGCACAUGGUAUUGAACAGAUUUUUGGAUUUCUUCACGCCAUUUUGUAAAGGGGAGGCCAGGUGGCUGACUUCAUCUAAUAGUUUCAGGUGGUGCAGCACCAGGUAGUGAGAUUGAAGAUUUCUUGAGGGUCACCUCUUGUGCAUUUGUGGUAAAGGAUAUGGUAUCGCAGUGAAUAUGAUGAACGUCAAGGGGCUUGCUAAUCUGAAGAAGAAAAAACCCUCCAAGGCCCCGAGGGGGACGGAUGCUGGUGUCCCAAAACCCGCCGGUGACUUCUUCAAGAAGCCGGAGGGGCCAUCGGCGGCCCCAAAUGCUGAAGCAGCUGCCGCUGCCAAGAGGAAAGGCACGGGCAAGGCUCCCGAGAGCAAAAAGCCCAAGACCGGGGAUGCCGGGAAGAAAAAACCCCCGGUGGUCAUUGUUGAUGAUUGCCCCGCCUCCGGGGUGCACGAGGAGAUGCCGGUGGCGAAGGUGCCGGGGGGUGUCCGGGAGCCAUCUUCCGAGGUCCUGACGGUCUCCCUCCCGGUUGGUACGGCCGUGAUGAAUGGCACGGCUGACCCGAGGGCGCUUCUGAGAGGUAUAACCCUCGAGAUCGAUAGGGUAGCCCUCGGGGCUGAUGAUGAUCAAGCCCUCGAGGACAGGAUCCUCCGGUCUUCCCUCACGACCUGCUUUGCCCUCGGAGCGCAGGCCCGGCGGCUAGAAGAGUGGCGCCUUCGCAAGGCCGAGCAGGACGCCAAGAUGCGGGAGCUCGUCCACCAGAAUUCCGAUGUCGUCCGGCAGAUGGCUAUGCUGGAGGAGAGCAUUCGGUAGAUGACCCUGCGGGCGGAGACCGCAGAUCGGGGCAGGGCAGAGGCUGAAAGGUCCGCAGCUGAGGCCCUGGAGAGAGCUGCCACGGAGGCCGAGGCUGUCAAGAUGGAGGCCGAGACCGCUAAGGUGGAGGCCGUCGAGAGAGCCCGAGGGGACGCCAUCUCUGGGUUCUUGGCAGGGGGUGGCGAGCUGAGGAGCACAAGCAAUGGCUGUCCUCGGUCAUCGAGUCCUCGGUCGACGAGUGGUGCGACGGGCCUGGAGUGGAGUGGGUUUCCCGAAAGGGUAAACAAUAUUAUGAUGGGGGCGAGUUUUUCACCCAAGCCCUCAUCUACCGGAGGAUGGCUCGCCACUUGAAGAUUGAGCCAAAGGAUUUCGACCCGGCGGCAUACGGGCUUCCCCCCUGCAGCCAGACGUCCGUGUCCCUCUCCCCUCCGAUGUCGAGAGGCCAGACCUGGAGGACACCGAGCUCAUGAAGGAAGCCGAAGGUGACGAACCUGAGGACGGCACAGAGGUCACUUCGAAGCCUGCGGAGGGGACGGCCCCCGGGAAUGUUAAUAUGUAAUUUCUUAAUUUAACAUGUUUUGAACAAUCCCUCUGUAAUGAAUGUUUGAAUGCCCUCGGCCUUCGGCCCUUUGUAAGUUUGAAUUUGUUUUCUUUGAUGAAUGAAUACACGCCUUCGGGUUUUGGUACCUAACUUGUCC